AUGUUGGGAAUAAUUGCAUUAUUCGUUCUAACUUUCAUAAUUUGGACAAUUGCUGCGAGUUGGUCUAAAUUAUGGGAAUUGUUUCGAAUCAAUCGAAUAUGCACCAAAGAAUUAGCUGUAGGUUUUGAGUUGUUGAGGAAAUUCUGAAUGUUUUUUUUUCUAGAAAUGGCCUGGCCCAAAAUCUUUACCACUUAUCGGAACUGCUUAUCAAUUCAAAUUGGAUAAUCGUGAAUUCACAUAUCAAAUUGAAGAAUGGGCUAGAGAAUAUGGACUUUGUGAUAAUUCGUGUGGCGCAUUUCCGGUAAGAAAAAAAAUUUGAAAUUUAAUUGACUCGAAACUUUUCCGUCUGUUAACAUUUUUGUUGCAUAAUUUCGAAAAAAUAUUUCCAAGAAAAAUCCUACGUGGAAACACUGUUAGAUGUUUCUUGCGCGAAAAAUUCAAAAAUUCAUAUGAGUACUGUAGGAGUACUGUAGGCAAUAAAAAAUUUGUUGUUUGAAUAGAUCUGGGUUGGUCCUGUUCCGGUUGCAAUUUUAUUAACACAUGAAGUUGUUCGACCAUUGAUGGAAAGCACUGAAAAUAUAACAAAACCAGUGCAAUAUGGAAAAAUAAUGGAAUGGAUUGGAACUGGAUUAUUAAGAGACGUUAUUUGUAAUUUCUCGAAAUGCGAAGCACAAAAAAAAAGUGAUGGUCUUCGAUUUGGGUCUAAUUUUGGUAAAAUGAUGCCCCACGCCUAUAGAGUUGGAAAAAAAAGUAAAAUGGCGCAAAAAAAUUUUUUGAGGUCAGGGGGAUUUUUUUUCGAAAAAAAAUUGGACGACCCGUAA